AUGUUGCGAACCUUGGUCAAGGUUGGGAUUUUUAGUCUGUCUCUUCUUUUCCAGGAAGCUGCGGCAAUUCAACUAUGGAAUAACACCGACAGCUUCUCCGACGACGUGCCGGCCGCCUGUCAGAAUGCUUUAACAUUCAAUGUUAAAUGCGCCAAUUAUCUGGUGACUGCGCGCGAUGUUAUAAAUGGCGCUGCUUUGGUGGGGAAUCUGGCAGAACAGUAUUGUACUGAAGAAUGCCAUGAUUCUAUCGACACCUUCCAGAAAAAUAGCCACCUGGCCUGCGGAAAUAAAGCAUACCAGCUGUUCAAGAACACCACGACUAGAGUAGUCCCUGGGGAUAUUGUCAAUGGGCUGAUGUGGGCGUAUGAUCUGAGCUGCAUCAAAGAUUCAACCGGUUACUGCCUGGCAGACAUUUAUAACCACACAAAGGCAGCCUGUUCGGACUGUACCCUCAAGUAUGGGGCAGUAAUGGCGAGCUCCGACUAUGGGCGUAAGCAGUUCCCACUAGAGGUCUUCUCCUCGCUUUUAUCAUCCUGUAGCGUGCCAGCGUCGAGCUAUCCCUAUGAGUACACUUCAUCAUAUCCUACAACAACAUCGGAGUCAUCUAGUGCAUCAUCAACGGGCAAUGCGACUCCUACUCCUACGUGCGCUGGAAAGACUUACGUUGCCAAGGAAGACGAUACUUGCAAAUCAAUCUCUGAGUCUCAGUCUAUCAGCACUGAUCGCUUAGCUGAGAUCAAUCAUCUGGACUACAGUUGCUCUUCACUUACCUCUGGCACUGAGCUUUGUAUUGAGAAGACCUGUAAGGUGUAUACCGUGCAAGCAAACCAGACAUGCGAGGAUAUUGUCCGUGGAAAGACUUUUGGACUGGUGCAGCUCAUUGGUUGGAACCCGACCAUCCAUCAGAAUUGUGACAACCUGGAUUCAAUGGUGGGGAGAAGCAUUUGCAUCUCACCACCUGGGGGAGGUGAAUUUACUAUCCCUACGACAAAUAUUACUACAUCCAAAGGCCUCCCGUCCACCAUGUUCUCAUCUUGGGUGCCUGGAGAAACAACAACCAUGGCCACCAGCACCACCACUUCGUGGUAUUAUCCUAUUUAUGAUCCAAAUUAUACUCAACAGCCAUUGGUCGGUAAGCCAAAUUCUACUUGGAGUAGCUUGAUGGCUGAGCGGACUCAAUAUUGCUGGUUGACCGAUUAUCAAGAGGAAUCGGAGGAUUUCUACCCUGAUGACGAUCUUUCGCCGGACUGCCUUUCCCUCUACGAGAGCUAUUGUGAUCUCGGCCCGACAGAUCCAGUUCCAAAAUCCCCGGUGUCCUCAAUUCCCAAAACCUGCACACCCCAGACUUCUAGCGAGGAGCCGAAGCCCUCGACAACAGUGACACCAACUACCACCGGAAUCGUUACUCCCACCCCGACCCAAACUGGCAUGGCAAAGGAUUGCAAUAAAUUCCACAAAGUUGCAAAGGAUGAGGGCUGCCAAAAGAUUUCUGAUGAUAGCAAAGCCUCCCUAAAUGAUUUCCUGGCUUGGAACCCGGAUGUUGGCAAGGACUGCAAAAGCUUGAAGUAUGAUUACUAUGUUUGCGUUGGCAAGAAAUCUACUUCGGCCCCUGUGCCAACCACCACUGGAAUCGUUACUCCCACCCCAAUUCAGACUGGCAUGGCCAAGGGAUGCAGGAAGUUCCACAAAGUUGCAAAGGAUGAGGGCUGCCAGCAGAUUGCCGAUGAUAGCAAAGUCUCCCUGAAGGAUUUCCUGGCUUGGAACCCGGAUGUUGGCAAUGACUGCAAGAAGUUGAAGUAUGACUUCCAUGUCUGUGUGGGCAAAUAG